AUGCCAGAACGCCGCGGACGAAGAGACCGCUACUACGACGAUGAUGACCUCUCGGACUACUCCGACUACGACCGUCCAUCCCGGUCGGCAACAGCACCUCCCAAGCGCCACCGCUCCAUAAGCCGCCGAGCCCUGGACAGACUCAGUUCCACAUUUAGCAACAUGGGCCUCAGCAAAGAACAAAAAGAAGCACGAGCAAGAUCAACCGGCCGCCAUCGUGAUGGCCGGGGCGGCGUGGUGGACGAUUAUUCCGACUACGACACCGACUACAACACCAACUACACCCACAAAAACAAGAAACGCUCUUCGCGUUCACGACAUCACUCCCCCGACCACCGCUCUAGUUCCUCCAAAUACCCACCCCGCGCCAACCUAAACCGCCAGCGCUCCUACUCCUACUCUCCCGAACGCUACGACGAAAGGCGACGCGGGCGAAGCAGCCACCGGAGCACGGGCGGCAGCCGGGACCCGCGUUCCAAAAGCCGCUGGACGCGAAGCAUCGACUCCGCGCUCGACGCCGCUGCAAUCGAAGCCAUCAGGGUGCGCAAGGAGCCGGGGCCCUGGACGGGCAGGAAAGGGUCGAGAGUCCUGACGGCGGCGAUGGCGGCUGCGGCGCUGGGGGCGGCGACGGAGCAUAGGAAUGGACAUGCGCAUGAGGAUGGGAGGGGGGAUAAGAAGGGGAAGAUCGGGAGUGCGUUGGGCGGGUUGGUGAUUAAUCGGAUGCUGAAUGGGCCGAGGAAGGAUCUGAGGAGAGGCAGGGAAUAUUAG